UAGCUGCCAGAGCCAGAACCCCUCGUGAUAAUUAGUCCUUUGGAUAUGCGUUGGUACUAGCAGCAAGUACUGGAUCGAGAGCGCCGAUUUUGAUCAUUCAACUUCUUCUAUAUCACCGUGCAGAUGUAAAUUCCUCAUCAAAGAAAUAUGGAUACGCCCUUCACGCGGUGGCAGAACAUUCUGAGCUCGACGCAAUUACCUUUUCGUUUCUGUUAGCAAAAGGGGCCAAUACAAAUGGGAAGGUGGCCGUAUCGAACAGUUUUACAAGCAGCUGCUGCCUCGGAGGGUUAUUCACACAGGAAUAUAUUGGCGAUCUUCCAGACUCUCGCCGAAGGAGGUGCUGGCAUCAAUCAACUAGGAGGGAAAUUUGGAUCCACACCACAAGCAGCAUCAUUUUAUCGUCCGACGGAUGCAGUGGGUAACCUCGUCGAAAAAGGAGCUGAUCCAAGAACCUAUGGUGGGCUAUGGCCAUACUCUACAAGUAGCAGCAGCUCCGAAAGACUAUCAAUUAUCAUAGCCCAAUCUUGAGAGAGAAUGGUCCG